AGCUUUGCAUCGGUCUUCCUAUAAAAGGGAAACUUAGCAUUCUGUAUAAUAUACAUCGACACACCAUCCAUUAUCAUUGUUAGCAAUGUCUUUCUCUUUUGCCAUCCAUUUCUUCCUAGUCUCAAUAUCCCUUUUCUCAAUUUGCUCCUUAUCUGCAUCUCAUGUUCCCAACACCAAACCACAACCCUUUAUCCUUCCCAUAAAGAAAGACCCUGCAACUAAUCUGUUCUACACUUCAGUUGGCGUAGGAACUCCUAGACACAACUUUGAUCUCACCAUUGAUCUUGCUGGAGAAAACCUAUGGUAUGACUGUAACACUCAUUACAACUCUUCUUCCUACCGCCCUAUAGCCUGUGGUUCCAAGCAAUGCCCCGACGUUGGAUGUGUUGGCUGCAAUGGCCCCUUCAAACCAGGUUGCACAAACAACACAUGUCCUGCUACCACAGUCAAUCCACUAGCAAAAUUCCUUUUCGGUGGUGGCUUAGCUGAGGAUUUCAUAUUCCUUGUUCAACAGAAAGUGUCUGGCUUGCUUUCUAGCUGUAUUGACACCGAUUCAUUCCCAUCCUUCACCAAUGACGAGUCACCUCUACAUGGCUUACCCAAAAACAGCAGAGGAAUUAUAGGCCUUUCAAAGUCGCAGCUUGCAUUACCAAUUCAGCUUGCAUCCGCUAAUAAGCUUCCUUCCAAGUUUUCUCUCUGUUUACCCUCUUCAAACCACCAAGGUUUCACCAACUUGCUUGUUGGAGCUGGAGAAUAUCCUCUGGGAAUAUCCAAGUUUCUCCAAACCACCCCUCUCCUUGUGAACCCCAUUUCCACAGGUCCUAUAUCUGUGGAAGGUGUUGCCUCCAAGGAAUACUUCAUUGACGUUAAAGCAGUUAAGAUUGACGGCCAUGUUGUGAACCUAAAGCCUUCCCUUUUGUCCAUUGACAACAAGGGAAACGGGGGCACCAAGAUCAGUACCAUGAGUCCUUUCACCGAAUUACAGACCUCUGUCUACAAGCCUUUCAUACGAGAUUUCCUCAAGAAAGCCUCGGACAGAAGAUUAAAGAAAGUGGCAGCAGUGGCACCAUUUGAGGCAUGUUUUGAUUCAACCAGCAUUGGUAAUUCUGCAACAGGACUAGUUGUGCCAACUAUUGAUCUAGUGCUGGAAGGGGGAGUACAGUGGAGUAUUCAUGGAGGCAAUUCGAUGGUUAUGGCGAAGAAAAAUGUUGCAUGUCUGGCAUUUGUUGAUGGAGGGACAGAACCUGUAAUGUCUUUUGUGAAAGCUUCAAUUGUUGUCGGUGGAUAUCAGUUGCAGGAUAACUAUGUGGUGUUUGACGUGGCUUCCUCCAAAUUAAGCUUCAGUUCUUCGCUUUUGCUCCACAAUGCCACGUGUUCUCACUCUUGAAUAUGAUGUGCUUGUGACGCGUUGAACUUACGUUGAAGAAUAUGUAGUAGCUUCUAUCUUUCAACGUUUCGAGGGUAAUUGAUGAAUAAAUGUUUUCUUUGUUGUAAA